AUGGACGCAAACGAUCUGGCCACGCGCGUCGAGGCCGACGUUGAAGUUGUGACGAGUCUCCAGGCGGUCUUGUUUAAGAAGGCGUCGGGACUGUACGACGAGAUUGCCUGGCUGGUUCUGCUCCAGGCUCAGCUCCCCGAAGAGAAGCAUGUGGCGUUGUGUUCGUUCGUGUCGGCUGUAUGA